CGGGCUAUUUAAAGUAACGGGCCCCGCCGGACACUGGUGUCUCUGCCUAUUUAUGAGCCCCCGGGAGCCGGCGGGCGCCGCCGGGCAGCGCUAGGAGCCGAGGCCGCCGGGAGCAGCGCCGGGGCCCGCCCGGAGCAUGACGGCGAUCCGGGCGCUGCUGCUCUGCCUCUGCCUGGGGCUGCCGGCGGGCGGGCAGCCCUUCCUGCGCCUGCGACCCUCGCCCAGCGACAACCUGCCCGUCAAGGACAUCGUGGAGCACCCGGACCCCGAGUACGACCCCAAGGAGCAGGACCUGGACGAGAGGACGCUGAGGAAGAAGCUGGGCAGCCAUUUCGACCCCGGCUUCAUGGCCGUGGCCGUGCCGGGGCCGGCCAACGCCUCGGGCGCCGCGGCGGCGGCGGGGCGGGGGCGGGCGGCGCUGCCGGCCGAGCUGCGGCGGCUGGAGCUGGGGCCGCCCCGGGGCCCGCGCCUGCGGCUGGGCAAGAAGGCGCGGCGGAAGGUGCUGCAGUGGCUCUGGGCGCACACCCACUGCCCCGUCUUCUACGCCUGGAAGGACCUGGGGGUGCGCUUCUGGCCGCGCUACAUCAAGGAGGGCAACUGCCUGGCCGAGAAGUCCUGCUCGCUGCCCGAGGGCAUGUUCUGCAAGCCCGUCAAGUCGGUCACCAAGACCUUCCUGCGCUGGCACUGCCAGGGCUGGUCCAGUCAGAAGUACUGCACCUGGAUCCCCGUGCAGUACCCGCUCAUCUCCGAGUGCAAGUGCUCCUGCUAAGCCGCGCCGGCCCCUUGCACUGCCGCCCUCCUCCUCCGGAUCACUUUAGCGGGGGGGAGGUUUUUCGGGUGGGUUUUUUUGGGAUAGUUUUUUUGGGAGGUGGUUUUUUUCCCCACCCGCCAGAGCGAAGUGGGAGAAGAUGAACCGCUUUGGAGGUUUUUUUUUUGUUUGUUUUGUUUUAUUUUGUUUUUCAUUUUUUAUUUUUGUUAAUUUUGCAGGGUUUUUUUUUUUUUAUGUUGUUAAUUUUUUUUUUUCACUUGGACUUCUUUUAAUAUUAUUUUAUUCAAAAGGGGGGAAAGCGAACCCAGGAACUGCAGGGCAGGCCAAAGGCACAGUAAAGCACUACAAUCAGAUGUCUAUUUUUAUACGUAUAUAGCCUUCUAACAAAAGGAAAAUUAAAAAAAAAAACUUUAAAAAAAGGAAAAAAAAAACCUACCAGCCGUGUAAAUAGAGAGAUUUUAAAGGAAAAGGGGGGGAAAUUGCAGCUGUUUUUUUUUAUUAUUAUUAUAAUUAUUAUUGUUAUUAUUAUUAUUUUAAAGACAUAGGACCACAUUUUAAACCCAUCCCCACAGAACCCAAGCACUUCCCUGCCAAAGGGAAGGGCAGAAAUUUCUUGUAAAGAUGUCUUUAUCAAAAGGAGAAAAGGGGCGGAGGGUGUAAAAAAAGAAAAACAAGAACCGCAGCAUCCCUGAGUGGUUGUUUCUCUGUGCUGUAUUUUUUUAUCUUCUUCAGACCUUGUCACUGAUGUUUGAACUAAUUUGCCAAGCUCUCUAGUGUUUUUUUAAAAAGUGUAUAACAAUUAAUUAAGAAGGAAAUUUUAAAGAAAAGUACAAAUCUAUGAAAGAGUGGAAUUGGUUUUUUUGUGUGGGAAUACAUAUAGUGGUGUAGAGAUGUUAAAGGAAAUUUUCUGUGUACAGUUUAUUUAUUUUUAACGUUUGUGUAUAGGAAAAAAAAAAGCUAGAGAUUAUGCCAUAAACUAUUGGAAAUGUUUACUUGAAUAUUCCUUUAAAAACAUAUCAAUGUAAAUAUGAGCUAUCACUGAUCAAAACAUUUUUAGCAAUAAACUCUAUCUUUGAAGAAAAACUCCA